CUAGCGGGCGGUCGCGUUCCCAGCGGAGCUACUCGUGUUGCUUGCCGCCCGUCAAUUCAAUUCCCCUCCGCAUCCACGCCUGGUUGAUUCCUCCGCCAGUACCGCCUUUGUCUCAGCACCUGGUCUCUUUCCACAGCCUGUUGCCUAGAGACGGCUUGAUUUCAAACAACCAGAAAGAUUAUUGCGGUCACUAGAUAUUUCUGAGUAUUCUUUGACCGCGUCCCCCUUUCGACGUGCCUCCCGAGCCUCAAAAAGUCUCCCACUCAUCUCUCCACUGAGCGACAUUGAAGAUGGCUCCGAGAGGGCCCGCGAAAGCGCGCGACUAUGAUUAUUCAAAUGUGGGGACAGCUGGAAGGCGCACCGGUAUCACACUGAAAGAAGGCAAGAUCGAUGAAUAUGGAAUGGAGGAUCUAGACGGGAUGUUCUCCUCCCCUGAGAAGUCACCCGUUAACUACAAUGGUUUUGAUGCUGGCGACGAAACGUCGAUCGGUUCUGAUGGGAUGUCCAUGGACGAAGGCAAUGCGCCCGAUCCUUCAGAAUUUCUGACGAGCACAAACGGCGGGCGCGGAACCUACUUUCUACCCCCAGUAGCGCGAUCUCCCGUGAAGACCGGUUUGACCGGAUCUCCGCGCCGGACUCCAGGCUUACGGUCGUCCCCAAUUCGUCGCAAUGAGGACUCCUCUAGCGCCGAGGAUAACCAUGAUCUUACCAUCGAUAAUGGCGAAUCGCAACAAGAUAUGUCGCCCCUCGGACAGCGGUCUGUCAACGCCCAGUCUGUAGCGCAACCGAAUGGAAUUCGUAACAAGACCAAGAAGACGAAGGGGUCCAAGGCCCUGGAGCCCGAGGUCACGAAUGUGACGGCUGGUUUCUCAGAUAGCGACGCGGACAGCCAGUUGCAAGGAGAUGAGAAUGGCAACGUCUUCAACCAAAUUCAAAACGAGCUUACUGAGACUCUCAAUAACGGCGAUGAGACUACGGGGGACGACCAGCUUCUCAUGGAACCAGACGCGCCGGACUAUGACGAUUCCGAUGCACAGUCGCCGUCUAUUGUGGCCUCAGAUCUACGCAAAAUGAAAAAGCCGAUUUCGGAAUCCAAAAGAAAUGGUGCAGGCGACAGCCGUCGCACUCGGACAGCCGUCGCACAAGAAGGAAGUGUUGACAUCGCCUCGCAGCCGAAGCGUAAACGCCCAGGCCGACCAUCCAAGAAUGCGCGCAACGUGAACAGUGACUUGCCGGGUCAACGGCCAACCAAGAAGACAAAGAUGUCCGAGCCGAAGGAUUCGACAAUAAACCUACCUCAUAACCCGGAACUAGACAAGAUUGUGGAGAAUUAUGCCAUGCGCACAGGGCCUUUGAAAGGGCGCAGUCUAUACAUACUGAAGCGUGAGAUGCCUUCGGAUGACAGUACCACUCACACCCGAUCGGGGAGAGCGUCUGUCAGACCACUAGCAUACUGGCGCAACGAGCGCUGUGUUUACGGUGAUGGAGAGGCCGAUGUCGGUCAAAGGUUUCCGUUAUCGACCAUCAAAGAGAUCAUUCGCACCGAGGAGCUUGAGUCGGAUAAGAAGAAAUCUGGCAAACACCAAUCCUCAAAGAAAGGCAGACCAAGGAAGAACCGGGACGAUGAUUCGGAUAUCGAGGGAGACUCGGCCGCCGAUCCUUGGGAGAAGGAGGGUAUCCUCCACGGAUACAUUCGAAAGUGGGAUCAGAAUAUUCAAGCUAGCACGGAAGAUGAGGAGGUUCUUGACAUCGCAUAUGCCCCGUCAGGCAUCGAAACGAGGGGUGUGAAGAACUCGUCCUUCCGGUUCGCGAAACUGCUCAGCUCCUCGUUUAUCGGUUCGGGGAUCGUAGAACUAGGACCCGGAGGGGUCAAGAAGCCGAAGAACUCGAAGAAAAUGCACAUGGUGUUCUAUGUUUGUCAUGGCCGGGUCCAAGUCGAUGUGUCGGGCGUUCAAUUCAGUGCAGGAAAAGGCUGCGUAUUCCAAGUUCCUCGAGGCAACUACUAUAGUUUUGCCAACACGCACCAAAAAGAUGCCCGUCUUUUCUUCACCCAAGGCUGUGUCCCUGCACCAAACGAAGUCUCAACGCCCGGAUCAGCCUCGAAGCUUGCAGAAAACGAGCGGGAAUCGACAGCAGAAGCUACUCCUGCAGUGACCACCGUGAAGGGGAGGCCGAGGGGUAAACAGAAGGUCAACAAAGCCUAAUUUUCUGAUCUGAAAACCGAGAUCCAGUUCUUUUUCUCUUCAUGACCGACCACCUGUGACAUGCUAUGCUGUGGAGGCUUGUAAUCUGGUAUUCUAUCAUA